UAUUACACCCAACACUGUCCCAAUCUAUGAAUUUCCCUUAUUCAAUCACUAGCCAUUUUCUUUUUCUUUUUUUAAAAAAGAAAGUAAUAUUUAGAAAAUAGGAUUUUUUUUUCUUAAAAAAAAAACUAAGAGGUAAACAAGCAUCUCUGCUUUUUGGGUUCUGGAAUAUUAACUUUCACUUGCUCUCUUUGCAUUCUAGCCGCACUUUCGUUGUUUCUUUCUAGCUCUCUGGCUCAAAGAUUGAACAUUGAAACUCCUUGUUUUUUUUUAAUAGAAACUGAAGAGGAGUUUUGUUGUUGUUGCUUGAAAUGGGGAAGGGUUCAAAGAUCAAUUGCAAGUCAGCAUCACAUAAGCUAUUUAAGGACAAGGCAAAGAAUCGUGUAGAUGAUCUACAGGGGAUGUUCAUGGAUCUGCAAUUUGCUAGGAAAGAAAGCCGUAGUGUUGAUGUGGCUGUUCUUGAGGAGCAAGUUCAUCAGAUGCUUAGGGAAUGGAAAGCUGAGCUCAAUGAGCCAUCUCCAGCUUCUUCUUUGCAACAUGGUGCAAGUCUUGGGUCGUUCUCGUCAGAUAUUUGUAGGUUGUUGCAGCUUUGUGAGGAGGAAGAUGAUGCCACUAGUGCAUUAGCUGCACCUAAGCCUGAGCCUAAUGAUCACAGUUUGCAAAUUGGGAAUAAUGUGGUCUUUCAGGAGGAAUUUGGUGUGAAUCAGGGGCAACAAAACCACAGCUUCCCAUUUGUUGAUCAAUGCAAAGAAUCUCCUUCUGGAGUUCAUGGCAUGGUGGUUAACAACUUAGAAGGAGGUGCUCAGUUGGAAUUCCAUCAUUUUGAUUUGUCUCAAAAUUAUGAGUCAAACUUCUAUGCUGACUUUAAUAGCACAGAUUUGUGUGCUGAGGAUGGUGUGCCUCAGGUUUCUGGAUAUCUGCCAAGCAUUUGUCCUCCACCUUCUGCUUUCUUAGGCCCAAAAUGUGCACUUUGGGAUUGUCCAAGGCCUGCUCAAGGAGGAUUAGACUGGUGUCAAGACUACUGCAGUAGUUUUCACCAUGCUCUGGCAUUAAAUGAAGGCCCACCCGGAAUGAGUCCUGUUCUGCGACCUGGGGGCAUUGGCCUGAAGGAUGGUCUGCUCUUUGCUGCUCUAAGUGCAAAGGCUCAAGGGAAAGAUGUUGGUAUUCCAGAAUGCGAGGGAGCUGCAACUGCAAAAUCUCCAUGGAAUGCACCUGAGCUCUUUGAUCUUUCAGUUCUUGAGGGUGAGACUAUCAGGGAAUGGCUAUUCUUUGAUAAGCCACGUAGAGCGUUUGAGAGUGGGAAUAGAAAGCAAAGGUCUUUGCCCGACUACAGUGGACGUGGUUGGCAUGAAUCAAGGAAGCAAGUGAUGAAUGAAUUUGGAGGGCUUAAGAGAUCAUAUUAUAUGGAUCCGCAACCACUGAACACUUUUGAGUGGCAUCUUUAUGAAUAUGAGAUUAACAAGUGUGAUGCUUGUGCUUUGUACAGAUUGGAACUGAAGGCUGUUGACGGAAAGAAGGGUGCCAAAGGUAAAAUAACAAAUGAAUCAGUUGCCGAUCUGCAGAAGCAGAUGGGAAGACUUACUGCUGAGUUCCCCUCUGAUAACAAGCGAUCUGUUAAAGGAAGAACAAAAGUGAGCGUUAAGGUUGGUGUAGGAAAUGUUUAUUCAACUACAAAUCGGGUGGUGCCAACAAAUGAAACAUAUGAUUAUGAGCUAGGUCCAUACAAUUAUCUUGUCGAUAAUCUAGGCGACUAUUAUGUGACUUGAUGGAAGUACCUUUGAUGCGGAACAAGCUACACUUAUUUAGGUACAUUAGCUGAAGCGAUGUCUUACUAUUGGUGGUUGGUCCUCAGUUUUUCGUCGUCAAUAACAUGAAUCAAGCCCUUUUUCGGGCCAUGAAUUGUGCAUAGUUCAUUUUCACAUGGGAGUGCUGCCUGCGCUACAACUGCUGUGGAUGCCAGGGCAUAUUCUAACCCAAAGCUGAAGAAAAAUGGCUGUUUUUCAUCGGUCCAUUUUCUUAACUGGUACGUUAUUGGUGAACGCUGGAUAUCACUUGGUGUCACCGCAAUACUAAAGCUAUGGAUGCAAAAUAUAGCAAAAUUAUUGUACUGACCUAUUUUUGGGGUUUUGAGACUUUAUACUGAUUAUGCCUCUAGUAUGCUGCUAAUGGGAGAUACGAUUGCAAUAUGUAACUUCCAUUAUGCUAAGAAAUACAAUAUCUGUUUAGACGGUUGGAGUAGAGUUUCAGAGUCAGCUCGCUCUGUAAUUUGUAAAUAAUUAUUCCUGUCCUAUUUAGCGGACCUUAUUUGCAA